AUGGAUGAGCAGAACGAGGCGUUCAGGGUCAUUCCUGAGCUCUACUUUCUGAUAGCGAAAUUUCUCUCGGGUGGACCCCUGAAGGAGACUGCAAAGACUUUACUAAAAGAGCUCCGGAGCGUAGAAGUGCUACCCCGGCGGCUCGACUGGGAGGGCAACGAGCACACCCAAUCCUACGAGGAAUUACCGUGGCUACGCGUGCUCCGUCUCACUCGCGCGUUCGAGCUCCGCCCCGCCGUAUGCGAGAGCGCUUUGCGACUCGCUCGCACCGCGGCUCUCGCUCCCACUGUACCCCAAACACCUGCCAUUACCCCCUCCCCCGUCAACGGGGAACACCUCCCGGCUCCCUCAUCGCCCGAGGCUGCCCAGCAAGAUGUGGCCUCUAAAAUAGCGGCCCGUUUGUCCCUCCUGAGUGAGUCACUGAAUAAGACUUCGUGCGGGGCGGGGGCGGGGCGGGCCGUCAUGUCCCCGAGACUGCUCACCAGCUUGCAGCUGCAGCGUCGUACUAUGGGCCACUUAUAUGCGGCCCGCGAGCUAGGCGGGGCGGUGCUAGGGUCGGGCGCGGGCCCUUCGUGCGGGGCGGGGGCGGGGCGGGCCGUCAUCUUGCAGCUGCAGCGUCGCACGCUGGGGCAUCUGUCUGCAGUGUACUGCCUAGUGUUCGACUGCACUGGACGAUACGUGGUUACGGUCAGUGUCAAAGUAUGGAGCGCAGUCGACGGUCGAUUGCUAUCGACGUUACGCGGCGCCGGCGCCGAGAUCACAGACGUAUGCGUGUCGUCAGACGGUGCCCUACUAGCCGCCGGAUCCUACCCACACUACACUACACUAUACCCGCACUCACUAUACUUCACCACAACCACACUAAAUACAGUAACUACAACUACGCUGAAUAGCGACUCGUGCGCGUUUGGUGAGUAUCCACACUACACUACACUAUACCCUGAGUACUUACACUGCACUAUACCCGUACUGAUUAUACUUCAACAAAACCACACUGAAUACACUUACUACAACCACGCUGAAUAG